AGGGCGGGGCGUGGCCGCUGCUUGGUUUCUGUUCAUGUCAAAAAGUUACACAAGCUGUGGGGGGAGAGUUUUACCAAAGGGCGGUUUCACAACUGUCAACACGGCUUCACACCUAAAUUCACCGGUUCUACCUGUGAGCAAGGAGCGCUUCUUCAGAGGAACACCAGCUGAUGGUGCCAUCAGCGGGGGAUCAUUUUUUCUCACCACUCCUCCACGUUUUCUCGUCUUCUCUUUUCACGAUAACCGUGUGAUUUCUGCAACCCUCCGCCUAAUAUUCCCAGAGACCAGUGACUGCUAGGCAACAAGCGGCAUGUUAACGUGAUCUCCUCGGCUCCGGGUCUCCAAAAUAUCUCUCCGUGUCGUCCGCCUGUCUGGCCCGUGGAUCUGUGGUCGGCUCCCGCCGCCUUCACGCCGCUCUCACCGACCGUGGACUGCCGUGGCCUGUUGAAUCAUCACCCACGCAACAUCUACCAGCAUCUCAGCCAUGGAGCUCAGUUCUGUGAUUUUGACCACCGGUAGCUCGGUGGCCCUCUUCAAGCUGGUGAACGCGGGGAUCGGCAGGCUUCACAUCCCGGAGUCAGCCAGCAGGAAUGUAUGGAAAUGGAGAAAUAUCGCCACAUCGUUCGUGCACAGCUUUAUCACGGCGAUCUGGGCUGUGCUUUGCUUUUUCCGACAUCCACAGAUGGCUGAGGAUCUGAUAGAAACUCACUCUGUGUUUUCACAUUCUUUGGUGUCCCUUUCUAUUGGUUACUUCAUCUAUGACUUCCUUGACAUGGUGUGCAACCAGAAGCUGAUUCAGUCCUGGGAGCUCCUCUUCCACCACGUCGUGGUCAUCACCUGCUUCGGCCUCUCCGUGGUGUCGUGUCGCUACGUGGGCUUCUCGGUGGUGGCCUUGCUGGUGGAGAUCAACUCGGUGUUCCUCCACCUCCGGCAGAUCCUGCGCAUGGCCAGCAUGGCGGCGAGCACGCUCUACCGCGUCAACAGCAUUGUCAACCUGGGGACGUACGUGGUUUUCCGCAUCAACACGCUGGCUUGGAUGACCCGCUGGCUGGUGCUCAACAGAGACAAGAUUCCCCUGCUGGCCUACACGCUGGGCAGCGUGGGCAUGGCCAUCAUGACCGUCAUGAACAUCAUCCUCUUCUGCCGGCUGCUCAGGAGCGACUUUUUAAAGAGCAGCACCCGGGAGGCCAAGAAGGAGAAGGAGAUGUAGAACUGUGCUCUGUUUGGACCUGGUGGCCUGGAUCCAGCAUCGCUUAAGAGACGGAGGCGGAGAUCUGUGCUGGACAUGAAACCGGACCUCCUCUGACCUCGCUGGAGGAAGCUUCUUCCCCUCAGCUGCAGGUUUGGCAUUAAAGCUUGUGUGCUUCGCCUCAUAAAGAAUAUAAGUCCUGUUAAUCAAAUGCCUUAACAUCCCAACCAGAGUUUCAUCUUAAAAUGUAGCUGGGGAUGAGCGCCACCUUUUUAAACAGAUCCUCACACGGCCACUGGGAGCAGAAACUGUAAAAUAUCUUCAGUAACAUCAGAAAUAUAUCACUUAAUUCAUCUAGUUUAUGCUUUAUAUUCAUGCUGUAGAUUUUUUUUAUGUUGCUUUUACCCACGGAGUAGAUAAAUCAGUAGCGCCCCCUUAUGGUUUGACCUUGUCACUGCAGAGGUUAACGUGUUCUCUGCCAAAUGUCCUCAGCUAAAAUCCGCCUGCUACCUCAGAACAGGUCGCUAGCUCCCGCUUUGCUGACAGUGUUGAUCACUUUGCUGAAAAUCUACAGAUGACUUGAAUCAAAAAUGUACAUACAGCGCCCGCUCUCCACAGGUUAUUUAAAGCCUUUUAAAAAACGUGCUAAGGUCCUCUCUGUCUUCGCUGCGUUUCUCUAAUGAUGAGCCUCGUUGUGUCUCACUCUCAGAUGUUUUAAGCUUUAUUUUUACUCUGACUCUGGAUAUGGGCAGGUUUAGUCGAGCACUGAUUUUCAUGUAAUCACUUCCCGACUUGAAGAACAGAAAUGUGCAUUUCCCUUUCUUGAAUGGCUUGCAUUUACCAUUUUGAAGAGUAGCUGAGAGAAAUGAGUCAUUCUGCCAUCUUUACACCCCAGAGAUGGAGGAAGUCAAGAUCCUCAGUGAUGUAUAUCUGUUUUUAUGCCAUUCUGGACUUAAAAGUGCAAAAUAUUAACCAUUAAUAUCUUGAAUAAAAGUCUAAAUCGUGAUGCCACAUUGGUGAAAUUAAUUUUUGAUUGUUGAUUGUAGCGUGGAGCACAGUUGGCAAACUUGGUUUGCAAAAUCUCCAGUUUAAGCUGAAUUUAAAAUCUACACAAGUUGUGAAAUUAUAUUUUUACUUAUAUUUUAAUUAUUUUGCAUUCAGACUAGGUAUAAAACUACCCUAACUAAACUAAACCGAUGAGUCGGAUAUUAAAAUUACAAUUAGAUGGGGCAAGAGAACGAUAAAGCUCGAUACUCAUGUAGAAAUCAAUGAAAAUAAUCAAACAUUAAUAGAUUUGUGUCCUUUAAAAACAAACAAAGAAAGAAAAAAGCCUGGAAAAUCAAAACAUUUUACGGAUUCAAAUUAUAGAAGAAAAUUUGCUUCCCCCCCCCCAGACUGCUCAGGAACCCUGAUUUUGUUUUUUGUUUUUUAUGAGUGAUUUUUCUCCCCCUUUAUGAAUGUAUUAAAUGAAGAUUGGACUUUUCUAAAUUUUCACCUGAGAUCAACCCAGUGAAAUACAAGAUGUAUUUGAUUUAACCUUUUUUACACAUCUUUUCCAGGGGGGCAGUAAAUGUGGAGAACGCCGUAGUAGAGCUUCUAGAAUAGGAAGGAUUUCAGGAUAAAUGCGUCAAACAAUAAUUUAAAUUUCUUUCUUGAGCAAUAAAUCAAAUUACUCAGUGAGUCACUAUCAGUGGUAAUCACUGCAGACGAUUCCACUAACAGAAAUGACUUUAUGAAGCUUUCAUCACUUUGUAAACAAAUUAAAUGAGAAUUUUACCAGAACAUUGUGGAUUAGAGCAUGACGCUCUGUAGUGAAACUUUCAGAACUUUUAUUUAUUUUUUUUUUAUAAUAAGGAAUAUUCAGGAAAAAUUUAGAAGGAAUUGUAUAUUAUUGCCUGACGAAUUGGCACUGACAAAAAAAAAAAUCCCCCAACUCUCUGCAGGGGUUUUAACUCAACGGGCUCACUGGUUCAUCCAUCACCGGAUGUCCUGUCUCCAUCUGUAAUGAAUAUCCAGUGAAAUAGGAGCAAAUACGUGUGCUGUGCUGCGAAAUACCGUUAGUAGUUGUUCACAUUUGGUCAAUUAUUGUGCUAUUAUUUGAGGCGGUGGGUUUCAGUCUGCAGCAGGAGCUUUCAGGCAGAAAGCUCCCCAUUUUCCACAGAUAGGACAUUUCUGAACGUCGCCUCAGUGACCUCACACAGCCAAGACCACUGUGUGUGUAUUUUGUAACAUUUUCUAUAUAAGUGCCAUCCUGCCUUUAAUAUGAAGGAUGCUGAUAAGCACUAAUGGAUAUAUUUCUGAGUUGGAGAACAAACAUGUCUGAGAUCUGUGAAUACAGCGAACUGAGCUGCCUACUCUUCCAACUCUAAUCAUUGUGUUUUAAUUUUAUCCUUUAGAAAAAUGUUUGGUGUUUUUUCCCUUCCUGAAUCAUCAGUUAAUUGUAUAUGUUUGUAAUUUAUUUCUACUAAUAAGUUAUGGAUAAAAACUGUAAAUGAUGUCGUAUGUAAGGUUUCCUGUUGUAAAAAGCAAAGUUUAUUAUGAUGAUGCUUUUUCCCCCCCCCCCCUAUUUUUAGUGACUGUAACAUUGAGCGUCAUGUGAGUUCAGAUCAAAUUUUUGAACAUAAGGCAAAAAAAUGUUUCAUCAAAAA